AUGACCGUUGAAACUGUGGCACCUACCGACACCAAACAUCUGCGACCAGGGUCGCCGUCCCUCUCCUCGUCCAAGGAGGCCGGCAAUGUGACUAUUGUGGCCCACGAGGAGGACCUUGAUGGCGAUGCGGGGCUCCAUGAGCUUGGCUACAAAGCCGAGCUGCAUCGCACCCGAGGCUUCAUGGACGUUUUGCCAUGUCGAUCACCUUGGACGAUCGCGUUUUCGCUUGGCGAACUUGCCUCUCGUUGGCCAACCUCUGCGGGCGCGUACUACUGGACCUUUCAGCUCGCACCAAAGCGUUUCCGCACUGUCCUUUCGUACAUCAACGGCUGGCUCCUCCUCACGGCCGUCCUCCUCACCACCACGUCUGUCGCCUUUGGCAUCUCACAGCACAUUGUCGCCACCGUCAACAUUGUUCACCCUGACUGGAGCCCUGCUCAAUGGGUCUACAUUCUUAUUGCAUACGCGCUCCUCGCCCUUGCCGCUAUUCCCCUUUUGAUGAACCCUCGCUAUCUGACGUUUAUGGAGAAGACCAACGUUAUUGUCACUUGGGUCUACAAGUUUGCCCACAUCAUUGUUCUGUCAGCUCGCGCCAAGGCUGGACGUAGGAGUGCAAAGUACGCGUUUACCCACUAUGAGCCUCAGCUCAGUGGUUGGGGUGAUGUUUGGACCUUCUUCAUCGGUUUCCUGCCCGGCGCAUACGCCAACUGCGCACCGGGUUUCGUGCUCGCCAUGACCGAAGAGGUCCACAAGCCCGAGACCAACGUUCCGCGUGCUAUGGCUUACAGCAUGAUGCCUGCGUCGUUUGUCCUCGCGUGGGCAUUCAUCCUUCCCUUGACUUUUACCAUGCCCUCGUCCGAGGUCCUCCUCGAGGCUCCCAACGGCAUCGUUCUUCCAUACGCCUACAAGCUCAUCGUCGGCAACGACGCCGGGGCCAUUCUCCUCAUGCUCGGCAUCCUCUACAUUGGCUUCAACUGCCUCGUCGGCAUCAACACCACCGCCUCGCGCCAACUGUGGUCGUUCUCGCGUGACCACGCCGUCCCCGGAUCGGCCAUCUGGUCGCGCGUCACCCCCAGUGGCAACGUGCCCUACGCCAUCGCCCUGUGUCUCGUUGUCCAGUGCCUGCUUUGCCUCAUCGACCUGGGAAGCACCACCGCCUUCAACUCGUCGUCAGCACGGCUGUCAACGCCUUCAUGGCUGCCUACGCGCUUCCCAUCCUCCUCAGCCUCCUCGAGGGCCGCAAGAGCAUCUCGUCUGCACCUUUCACGAGGCGCAUCCAUGCCCGCCGUCAUCCCCGUCACCGCUCAGACUAUGAACUACUCGAGCGUUGUUCUCGGAGGCUUUAUCACCAUCGCCAGUGUCUGGUACUUGGUGUAUGCCCGUCGGGUGUACAAGGGCCCCCCUGCCAGCGCAGAGCUUCAUUGA